AUGCGGAUUGGCAGCGAGGUCCAGCAGCUCUCUCCCGAGUCGGGGGACUCCGGGAGCAGUGGCCCCAUUGUUCACUCUCGAGACCAGCAGCUCACCCUCGAGAAGCUGGAGAUUCCCACGGAGAUACGACGCAAAAGGCGAGGUGAAAGGGCUGGAGUAAAGUGCCGAGAGAGGAAACGGAGGUACAAGCCAUGUCUACCAUCUAUUGUUAUGGAAAACGUCCGAUCCCUCUCCAACAAGAUGGACGAGCUAACGGCGCUAACAAGAGUGGAAAGGGUGUACAGGGAGAGUAGCAUUAUGGGUUUCACCAAGACCUGGAUGAACAAGGACAUUUCUGAUUCUGUGGUCUCCCUACAUGGAUUCACACUAGUUCAUGCAGAUCGAAGUGCAGCAGAGAGCGCUUCUCUUCAGAUGACAUGGUUUAAGGGGUGGAAGAUCAAUAGGAAAGAAGGCAAUGCAUCAGGGACCACGCUACUAGAGGCGCUGGACGCUAUCCAGCCCCCCACCCGUCCUACAGACAAACCUCUGCGACUGCCUCUGCAGGAUGUCUACAAGAUAGGAGGUAUUGGAACAGUGCCUGUAGGCCGUGUGGAGACGGGCAUACUAAAGCCUGGCAUGGUGGUGACCUUCGCCCCUGUCAAUGUAACUACUGAGGUGAAGUCUGUGGAGAUGCACCAUGAGGCACUGACUGAGGCUCUCCCUGGCGACAACGUGGGUUUUAAUGUCAAGAACGUGUCCGUCAAAGACAUUCGUCGUGGCAAUGUGGCGGGCGACAGCAAGAAUGAUCCACCACAGGAAGCUGCCAACUUCACAGCUCAGGUGAUCAUCCUUAAUCACCCAGGCCAGAUCAGUGCUGGUUAUGCUCCUGUGCUGGACUGUCACACUGCUCACAUCGCCUGCAAAUUUGCUGAACUCAAGGAAAAGAUUGAUCGUCGCUCUGGCAAGAAGCUGGAAGACAACCCGAAAUCCCUCAAGUCCGGAGAUGCUGCCAUUGUAGACAUGAUUCCUGGCAAGCCGAUGUGCGUUGAGAGCUUCUCGGAGUACCCUCCUCUGGGUCGUUUUGCGGUGCGUGACAUGCGUCAGACUGUGGCUGUCGGUGUGAUUAAGGGUGUGGAGAAGAAGGUCUCCACCACUGGUAAGAUUACCAAGUCUGCCCAGAAGGCCCAGAGGAACAAAUGAAUGUUGUGCUACUCUGCCAACCCCAAGGUCUCCCAAGGCAGGACAUCAGUCAUCCAACUCCAUCCAACAAUUGGCUUCUUCAACUUAAUAAUCAAAGACUGGUUAAUCAUCACAAUGCAUCGCAAAAGCAUUCGAAGGAAAGAAAAACAUGUAGACACAUGAGGUGGCACUCCUGACUCCAUUUCCGUGGUUAGAUUACCAUUACGUACAAUGUAAUAUCAAAUGGUUUUAAAUGUGCACUGUUGCUUUAGUUCAUGGCAAUACCUUUCUGUGAUAUUGAGACAUUGAAGAAUUAGAGGUACUGUAAUUUAUUACCUCUCUAGAUCUCUGGAGUGCAGGUACAGGUCUCUUUACGUGGUAUACGUUGUCUUGCUUUUAGUGUUUGUUUGCAACUACAUGGUGCUCUGUAGGAGCCUAUGGAAAGAAGUUCAAACUAUGUUCUUCUGAGUAGUAGACUGUAGAAGUUAGUGAUUUGUUGUGUUUAAGCUUUAAAAAGCACUUAAAACAAAUGGUCCAAACUUCCCUCUUUUGAGAGACUGAUUAGACCACAAAUGGAUUCUUAAAGCACUUUGAUUGGCAUUUUGCUGAGUUUGCACUUGAACUGAGGAAGUUUAAAUUGGCAUAAGCUACUGCACCUUAUAACAUGGCAUGAGCCUUUUUGCAACAUUAAACAUGUUCCAACCAAAA